AUGGGUAUAAUCAGGAGUUGCUUCUCUUUCAUUGCAGGUACGGUGUUUGGGGUUUACUUGGCUCAGAGUUAUCAAGUUCCUGACGUCAAGAAGGAAGCUGACACUGCUUUGAUACAGGCAAAGCAAGUUGAGGAAAAAUAUCGCAAGUCUAAGAUCAGUGAUUCUGGCAAAAGUGAUAUUGCAAUACGAGAUAUUUCAUAG